AUGCUCACUGCUCUGCACAUAACGUUGCCCCCGAAGCGAGUUCACCGCGAGAGUCAGCAGCACCUACCGAACCGCUGUCUCGUCGUGAACGAGUCCACGUGUGAGGCCUCCCUCAUCUCCACGGAGGCCUCACUAAAGUACGCAACUGGCGCAGCGCAUGAGUCGUGUGAGACGGGAACCCGUUUUCGCUUUGGCCACGUCACCAUCAGUCCUCACCACGGCAGCAUCUUCGUAACGCAGGUGGCCCCAUUGCUGUAUGAUCUGUGCCGUAGUUUUUGGCUCUCAGCGUGCUGCAGCGAUGCGGCAUCGCAAAGCCAACCAUCUGUGUCAAAAAGCGCCGUUGACGCGGAUUCUGAUGCACCCAAUAUUCCUCAAAGCGGCUGGGAGAACCUGUCUUGGGACGAGUGUCGGAAAGUUUAUCAGAAGACGUGGUCGAUGAGUCGAUCAGUUUUUAUUUACGGUAGUCACUCCGCCACGGAACGCCGUGCACUCUUCCUGCAUCUUGCAAAAGCCACAGCCUUGGCGUUGCGGCAAGAAGCAGAUGCCAUGGGGGCCCAGCCGCCGGAAAGGAAUGAGUGUGACGUUGCCUUCUCACUUGUGGAUUUGUACCACGUGUGGGGGGUGGGAGACGUGCUGGACCCUAACGCCGUGAUGCACGACGAUCUUCGGCUGCAGCGGCUGAAGCGGGAAGAGCCACGACGCUCACUGAAUGAGCCGAAGGGCAUCGACUUUGUUGCGCCCACACGACAGGCGCUGGAGAGCCGAGACAGCGUAUCCACGUGUAUUAUGCGUGCGCUGCAACGCAGCGCUCCACCACGGGCGCUGCGCACAAGCGCAGAGAAGGAAGAGCACGCCGUGAAUUCGACGUUGGUGCUCACGUUCUUUGUUUCAAGGCGUUCGAAGCGGGGUCCAGGCGUGUCACGACGUGGGAGGAUGCCUGCAGCGAGGGCCGAGGAGGAAAGGGGCCGGCAGAAAAUUGGCUGCCCAACAGAGGCGAGGUUUCAUCUCAUACUUCUCCCCGACAGUACCGCUGCCGCACAUGGGAAGCAGGGGGCACAGGAGCUGGGGGCGCUUGCCAGUGCACUCCAGGCCUGCACACAGUGGCAAAAGGAAAUGCUUUCCGCUGAGGAUGAUUCCCGUACGCAGCGCGCGAAUGGAGUGCCAGUGACAGCUCGAAAUCUGGACGCAUCAUCCUCAGCAACGGCGUCGGCAACCAGCAAGCUGCCUUGGGUGCCGUUGCGAGAGUCCUCGCUGCUGCUUUACCUGUUUGAGUCCAACAUGUACUACCGUCAUCAGCUAGAGAAGAGUCUACGCAAUUUGCGUCUCUCGAAGGAACGACGACGGCCGUUUGGAGAUGGAUCGAGGUCUGUGAGCGCAAACGUCUCCACCCAAUCCCUGGAUGUGGCUAGAAGCGUCUCAUACAGCACAGCCGUCUCUACGGAGCAGAGUGGCUGUUGGAUGUGUGCUGAUGCAAACGGUGCCAACGUCCUUGACUGUAUAGCUGCAGGAAUUGGUCAAUGUCUACUUGUCCUGUGUGUUAACUCUGGUUGGGAUCAAUACUAUCAAGCUCGCACUGCGUUUCUGUUUGCGCAGCGCGCGACAAAACAGUUGGACCAGCCCUGCGUCUUCUUGGAACCCAAAUCAGAGGAAGUGUCCCAUACAUUUUCUGCAGAGCAGGUGAGAGGCAAUUCCCACAAGCCAUCGCCUCUAGCCUCGACAGCGAUGCAGUCUCCCUAUCAGUGCGCCCGGGUACGGCAUCUCCAGGGGCCGUUGCUCUCUCUGGAGGGGUCUGUGGCCGGGGUGGAGCGGCAACUCUGGUCUUCUCCACGGCGAAGAGAGGCAACACAGCCACGCCCCCCGGAGGCGGCCGGGCCCUCAGAUAGUCCGUUGGCGCCUUCUGAGGUUGCUGUCGUUGAGGAGGAGGGCAGCGACCGUGAUGCCGACCUCGAUGCGCCUUCUCAGCGGACGGAGGCGCAGGUCGUGCGCCAGCGUGUAGGCUCAGGGGCGGCUGCGGGCACCAAAAUAACCAGCCCCAUUGCGCCGUCGCCGGAGGCACGUAUACACUCUGGUCCCGUGCAGCAGCUUUUUCGCUGCGACCGCGUCGACCAACAAGCGGGGAUAAGUAGUCUUGGGGAAGAGACUGCCGCUAACUCAGGGCAGCCACGUGGGAAGACUGGCGGCUCUCAAGGCUUUUUGCCUCGUCCUGGCCCGUGCGGCUCCACCGCGUCCGCAGAGGACGUGAGUUUGUGUCCUCCUCCGGCAGAGAGGGGGGCGAUGGUCAACGACGUGCUGCUGAAACAAAGUCUUCUUCUGCAGGAGAACGCGGAGCUACGUGCGCUUCUGGCGAGACUCUCCUCUCAGCAGGCUGACACUUAUAGAGGGCAAAGGGAGUCAACCAGGAUAGCGGACGUCUGUGAUGCCGCGCUGCUGGAGUCACGGAGAACUGCCCGAUCAUCGGAGCUGGACGCGUUACGAAAGGAACUCUCAACGACGACAAAAAAGGCUCGUGUCCUGCAAAAGACACUUUCACGCUCAGUGGACGAUAAUCGCAAGCUGUGUCGUGUCAUGCAUGCUCAGAUGAAGCAGUGCCUUCUUGACCUCUCCCGCAUCUUUCAAGGCUCUCUGGGGGAGAGAGACUUAAAUUUUCCUGCGAUUGCGGAGGAACGAAUUCGUCGCUGGGAGAAGCUGCUUGAGAAAACAACAAGGCAAGUGCUGCGGCCUUUCUCUGGGGCGAGCCGUGCCGAAGAGGAGGCGGAGACGCCGGAGGAGGAGGAAGAAGAAGAGGCAACAUGCGCGGACAGUGGCGAUGGGGUUUGCCCUCAAAGGUGCCAGCCGAAACGCGUAACGAAGACGUCGCAUGCAAACAGUGCAUGUGCGCUUUUGUCGGAGGGGCGGCCGUCGGGCUCCUGCUGUAACGGAAGACACCAUCAAAAACGGCGGGAAGCCGAUGUCUUACCCGGCGCGAAAGCCGAGGGGCGGGACCGUCAAGCACCCAAGCGCUACAUGAAGGAGGAAGUUAAAUCACCUCUGGGAAGCAGCAUAACUCCACAACUGGCACAGCUGCUUCAGCUUGCCUACCGUCUUUUUCUCUGCGACUCCUCCUCUACCAAUGAGGAUGAUGAGAAUGGUGGUCACAAUGCCUUUGGGGGUUCUCUGCAGGAGGGUCCUGACGGAGCUAAAGUGGAGGCUUUUAGAACAACGCAUCAGAGUUUGUCAAGAAGCGUAUUAGAUAUUCUCUCGCCGCACCAGCAGGAGGCCCGCGCAGGGGCUGCGAGAGCUGAAAUUGAAGGACGUCCGGUUACCGGACGGAGGCCCGAGGCGGAGCUCUGUUGGAGGUGUCAAUUGUCUCGGCGCCCACGCUGCAACGCGGCGUAUACGAAGUUUCUGGAGAUUCUGCGCUCCUUGUGCAGACAACAGGUGACGAUAACCGGAGAAGCCCCCGGCUCGCAUCCUCAAGUCAUGAAGGAGACGGAAGAAGAAGAGCUAAAGGGUAUGAAAGGGGCAUCAUUCUCAGGGCAUGCAGUUCCCCCCUCCGGGCCUUGUUGUCCCCAUGAAGGGUGGGAGGACGUCUCAGCAGCAGGACUGCUACGCAAUGAAGGGGCUUUGUUGCUGAAGACGCGUCAGCUCUCUGAUUCCCUGCAGAAGAACACGGACACCCGAGCAAAGGAGCAAGCAGCUGUUCGAUCGCUGCAGAGUGAGCUCGAGAAGGAACGAGAGUGGCGACGGCAGCUUCAGGAUGAGCUCCUCAAUCUUCGCCUCCGCCUCAGCAAGUAUGAAUCGAAGUUUGCCUUCAUUGGCGAGACCGUGAAACCAAAAAUUUCACAGGACAUUGCUCAGCUAGAGCAGAAAAUCUCGGAGCGAAAAAAGCAAGAGGAUUUGGAGCGACAACGACGAGCGGCGUUCAUGUCGGAAAUCAAAAAAAGACUCCAGCGUGUCAGCGCUGAGGACGAUCUGAUGCCCCUCCGUUAUUCUUCCUCCUCUCCACUGUCACCCCGACAAUAG